AUGGAGGCCACACGGAAGAACAAUCCAAACACACCUAAGAAAGACAAGAAAGACCACUUCAAGAAUCCCUCCCAUCCAUACACCUUCGAAUACCUUCACAACGCGUACAUCACCUCUCUGUCACACGGCAGAAACAUGCCCUUCGCCUCCAAGAAGAGAAAGUCCGCAGCCGACGACGAUAGUGACGUUGAUGUAUCCACCACCAAACGUGGAAAAGGCACCGCGGGGAAUGCUUUCAUACCUUCCUCCAAACCGCAGGUUGACUCAGACGGAAAUACGUAUUGGGAGAUUUCAAAGGCGCGGCGGGUGACCCUUUCUGAGUUCAAGGGGAAGAGAUUGGUCAACAUCAGAGAAUAUUACGAGAAGGACAAGGAGUGGCUGCCAGGAAAGAAGGGCAUCUCAAUGAGCAUUGAACAGUAUUCGGCUCUCAUCCAAAUUAUGCCUCAGAUUGAAGCUGUGCUCAAGGGACAAGGCGAAAAAGUGCCCCGACCAAACUACGACGGAAGUGUGCCUCCGACAGACGAGGAAAAUAUUGAAGGGGAGGGGGAAGAUGAGGAGACGAGAAAGAAGCAAAAUAUUGAAGCGACGAGCGACGAAGAUGAAUGA